GAUCUAGCUUGAGAGUUCUCUGCCUACAACAUACAGCCUUUUACUGCUUCUCAAUAUGAGUUUACGACACGGAUCUGGAUCAGGCAAGGGGAAGGGAUGCGUUGGGGGUGUUAGCUCAUCUUCAACUAUUAGGGUGUCUUCUGGAAAGCACAGCUCUGGUGGAGUGUAUGGUGGUGGAGCAUCAUGUGGUAACUAUGGUGGAAGCAUGACACGUUGCCAUGUUGGAAGUAGUGGAAGUGUGGGUGCUGGUAUUGGUGGAGAAUAUUGCAUUGGAGGUGGGUCUGGCUUUGGUGGUGGGUCUAGCUUUGGUGGUGGUGCAUGUUAUACUGGUGGUUGUGUCGGUGGUUACUCUGGCCAUGGAGGAGGCUUUGGGUUUGGAGAUGACCAUGGAUUGCUCUCAGGCAAUGAGAAGGUAACAAUGCAGAAUCUCAAUGAUCGUUUGGCAUCAUACCUACACAAAGUACGUGAAUUGGAGGAACAGAAUGCUGAACUGGAGAAAAAGAUCCGACAUUGGUAUGAGACACAUUGCCCCAAGCCAGCCCAAGACUACAGUCACUACUACAGAACAAUUGAGGAUUUACAGAAAAAGAUCGCUGACGCCUCUCGGGACAAUGCCUGCAUCGUCUUGCAGAUUGACAAUGCUAGGUUGGCGGCAGAUGAUUUCAAAAUCAAGUAUGAAACUGAGCUCUGCCUCCGCCAGUCAGUAGAAAGUGAUAUCAACGGCUUAAGAAGAGUGAUGGACGAUCUGAACCUCAGGAGAUGUGACCUGGAGAUGCAGCUGGAAUGCCUGAGGGAGGAAUUAGCUGCUCUAAAGAAAAACCACGAAGAGGAGAUGAAGGUGCUGAGAGGACAGGUGGCUGGUACAGUCAAUGUAGAUAUGAAUGCAGCACCUAGCAUUGACUUGCAGAAGGUUCUGGAUGAAAUGAGAUGUGAAUAUGAGCAACUUGUAACCAAGAACCAAAGGGAGAUUGAAAGGAGAUUCCAGGAACAGACAGAAGAGGUGACCAAGCAGAUGUGCUCUAGCAGUCAGGAGUUCCAGUGUGUCCAGACAGAAAUUAUUGAGUUAAGGCGUACCAUUCAGACCUUAGAGAUCGACCUGCAGUCUCAGUUGAGCAUGAAAGCUGCUCUAGAAGGAAGUCUAGCAGAGACAGAGGGACGGUAUUGUUGUCAGCUCGCUCAGCUCCAGGCCUUGAUCCAGAAAGUUGAAGCUGAGCUGUCAGAGAUCCGUUGUGAAAUGGAAAACCAGAGCCAGGAAUAUAAGACACUUCUUGAUAUAAAAUCACGCCUGGAGCAGGAGAUCUGCACUUACCGCACCCUACUGGACGGCUCAGGAACCCAAAUAUCAAGUGGGUCCUGUGAUCAAUCGUACUCGUCCUGCGCAUCAGGAUCUCAGACUGAUAAGCAAGGUGAGGAACUUUGGGAACCUGAUGAAUCAAUGCUUCCUCAUCACAUGAUUAAGUUUUACUCUAACAGUACCACGGAAGACAGCAACGAGAGUAAUAAUAGCCUUCCUGACAAUAACGGAAGUGCUGCUCAGCGGCCAUACGCCAGUAUACCUGACUCCUGCAACAUGUUGGUGGACGCCGGCUGCGGCUCCACACCAAAUGAUAGCCCUACGUCCGCCCACGGUAAUGACGAUGUCAACGUGCGUGACAUCGUGUCACGUUCACAGUAUACAACAGUAAAUAACAAUAUGGUGGUAUAUAACAAUAAAAACAAUCGUUUAGCAGAGCUGUACAUUGCUAGCUUGUACGUCUUACUGCGGCUGGCUCUUCAUAUAAAGGCACAUAUCAUUUAA